AUGAAAUUACUGCCACCCUCAGCAGUAUUUUCAAAAGAUGUGAGAUAUCCUCAAGACUCAACACUUGACGAGAUUCAAUCUAGCAAUGAGAAAUCAGUAACAUUUAUAAUUGGAAAAGAACAGUAUAUUAUAUCAAAAAAAUUGUUGUGUGCCACCAAUAGUAACUACUUUAAGAAAAUCUGUUUUACACAUGACAAGAAAGAAAAAGAUAUGACGAAUGAAUUAAAGAAUUAUGAAUUACAAGCUUUUAAAAUGAUGUUAAUAUAUAUUUUAACUAGUUCAGUAGAAUCACGCGAUUAUGACAUGCUUAAAAGAUUGUUAACAAUAGCCCAUAGAUAUGAUGUGGUAGCUUUAAAAUUAACGUGUGAACAUUAUUUGCUACAUUAUAUUACGAUGCAGAAUGCCGUAGAACUUAUGCAGCUUGCGUUUUCAACUAAUGCAAAAUUUUUAGAAAGACAUUCAACAGCUUUUAUUAAGUUUAAUAUAACAGAAAUCAUGGAUACUAAAGAAUUUCAAAAUCUACCAAAAGAAUAUUCAAACAAGGUGAUAGAAUUGUUAUAA